AUGCUACGUCGCACGCUGCAAUUUCUUCUGGAGCAGGAAAGGCCAUUCACACUGAGGCGGGCGGUGAUGGCGAAGGCUCGCCCCAGUCACAGUAGCCCCGGCACGAAGAAAGGAGGCACCCCGGACAUACGCCAAAAUGGCCACACGGGAGAGUUUCACGAUGAUGCUGUCGCCAUGAUUGCGCAAAUGGUCCCGAAUGCAGUGUCACCACCACCACCAAAGUCGUCCGGAGCCCUGCAACCGUCGAAGGACCAGCAACACGGAGACGCCUCGGAAGACGCGUACCGGUUCCUGCUGCAUCACAUCGACUCUGAAAUUGCGGCACUGAAGCGUCGCAUCACGACCGUGGCGAAACAGCGGGAGACGGUGGAGAAUAAUCAGAGCCGCCGCAUCCGUGAGCUCUUCGAGUGCAUCGAGCGGCCGUGGCUGCUGCUCGAGUCCAUACCCGCCCCACAGCUGCCCAACAAGGCGCUCGAGGUGUACGCAAAGGAGCUGUACUUUAAACAGCACGGGGCUGACGCAGGGAAUUGUGAGCAGGACGCCGUCUUUUUGGAUGCAUGUCGGCGGAACUGGCGGGGCUUGGCGAUUGCGCAGCGGAAGCCGUACGAAAUUGCCGCGCGGCGAAACGAGCACCUGCGAAAGGAGCUGAAGAAAAAGAUCUCUAACGGCUGCUCCCACUUCGAGAGCUUCUGCGAGGAGCUGAAGGAGUGGACGGCUGCGAUGGCGCGUAACGAGAUGAAGCCUCUUAGCAGCAGCCAGGCCUCACCGCGAGGCAGCACUCCGCUGGCACAAAAGGCGACCAAGUCGCCGGCCAUGACAACUCGCAAGGCGUCAGCUUCAACGCCAGCGAACGUGGCUGCAACUCAAGCGGCAGUUGCGGUCUCAUCGCCAAAAGGGGGCCGGACAUUAACGAAACGAAACUCACCGGCGGAGCGAAGGGGGCCCACGCGCAAAAAGGCGGUUAAAAAUACAACGACUACCCCCACACGUGUCGCUGCCGUGCGGCAACGGCGGCAAAAACCCAAAUUGAAUAGAGCGCAUAGAGCGAAGGCGCAAGUCGCGAAAAGUUCAGCGACGAAAAGGAAGAAGCAAAGCCCCAGAUGA